AUAAGAGAUUAAGAGUUGAAGACAAAAGGAGGUACCGUUAUAGAAGCCAGGUAUUUGGUUGUACCAACGACUUCGUCACAGCAGUCCCUUUCUUCUGUUCUCUCUUCUCUGUUUCCGUCUACUUUGAAUUUUCACGUUUCAUUACUUUCCUCUUCUUCUGCUUCUUCCUCCUAACCCAAAUCAAUUUAAUUAGUAUGGUCAAAAGCCGGUGGGCACUUCUUCAGCAGCCAUCGACAAAACAUGCUGUACAGGAUCGAUUGAUAUCGGCUGCAGCUACAACUGGUUCGUUUCUAAGGAGAAGCAUAUCGGGAACAAAAGAUAAGGUGGCUGUGGGAAAAACAAAGGUUGAAGAGGUGGCCAAAAAAACAGCACAAAAAAGCAAGACUAUCUUGACAGACAUUGAAAGAUGGCAGAAGGGAGUUGCAAGUACUGAUGUGUUUGGAGUUCCUAUUGAGGUUACUGUACAGAGACAAGAUAGCAGCAGGCCUGUUCCUCAGAUAUUGGUCAAAUGUGCAGAUUAUCUUAUAGUUUCAGGAUUGAAUUCACCAUCUCUCUUCAAAUCUGAUGGAGAUAAAAAGGUUAUCCGGCAGUUGGUUUCUCUGUACAACCUAGAUUCAAAUUCUUCAAUCCCAGAAGGCACAAAUCCAAUUGAUGUGGCAGCUCUUGCAAAAUGUUACCUUGCCAGCCUUCCUGAGCCUCUUACCACUUUUGAGCUUUACGAUGAAAUAAAAGCUGCUCUAUCCAAUAUAUAUUCCAUGAGAAACAUCCUCAAGAAGCUUCCCAGUGUAAACUACAUGACUCUGGAGUUUGUAACAGCACUUUUGCUCCGGGUUAGCCAGAAGUCACUUCUCAAUAAGAUGGAUACUCGGACCCUUGCAAUGGAAAUGGCACCCGUUGUCAUGUGGCAAGAUGGACAGAGACCUGAUUUUUAUAAACAAUACUGGAACCAAGUGUCUAAAAGCCCUUCCAAAAAAGGCUUGGAUGAACCAGCUGGUUCAUAUGGUGCUUGGGACUUACUUGCUGAUGAUGAUGAAGCCAUAGAUGCAUCCUCUCCUAUUCCAUUGGAUGAUGGUGCACCAGUUGACUUUGGUGCAAUUGAGGUUGUUCAGUUGCUUAUAGAACAUCAUAAUGCAAUUUUCACAGAUGCAAAUGAGACAGUCUGGAGAUGAAUGGUCUUCAUUCAAUUUGUUGACUUUGAUAUCAUGAACUGGGAACAAUUUUCUCCAAUCUUUGUCAAGAAAGUCACUAUACAGAAGCUAUAUUCUAAGUUUUUAUCAGGUUGUGUGUGCAGUGAGCGUUUUGCCUGAUAAAGAGAAAGGAGAAACUUUUUGGGAAAAAAGGAACAGAAGGAUUUGUACAGCUAUAUCCUUCCUUUAGAGAAUCAAAACUUGUUAUUUUGGUGUUUUGCUGGGAUUGAUGGUAUUUGAUCUUUGUCUAUAUAGUAUAACCAUAUUUAUUUAUGUCAUUUUUGUACUAUGUAAAUCUUGUCUUGUCCCUGGAUGCAACAAGUUUUCAUGUUCAGAAUUUUAGUAUAACUUUCAUGGGAGAAUGUUGUUGACUUGGAGGAACAUUGAAAUCUCCUUUGUUCAAGUUCCUAUAAAACAGAACAAGAUGAAGAAAAAAAUAAUCCGGAGAUAAAAAAGAAGUAAUAUUCUUA